AUAACGAGAUCGGCCAUUUUGUCCUUUUAGCACGAGAAAAAGAAAAGGAAAACAGGGGAUAUAUUUUUGUUGUGUUAAGAGGCCAAAUUAAGGCCGUUCCAAGCAUGAAUGCCUCUCUCAAAUCCACUUAAACGUACCUUAUUGGAGGAAAAUAAAUCUGAAGCUAAAAAGACAAGAUAUAGCGAAGAACCAAGUCGAAAACUGCGUGAUUCAGAUGCCGAGGAAGCAGCUGAAAAUUUGCUAAAGUUAGCUAUGGCUGAACCUCAGAGAAAAGCAAAUUUUUCAGCUCUAAAUUCCUCUAAUUCUAAUGGAAUGAGUAAAAAUAAUUCGGCAGUUGGCACUGCAAACAAGCCUGGAACAGCUAAGAAGCUGAUCAUAAAAAAUUUUAAAGGUUAGUGCUAUUAUUAUUAUAAAAAUUGCUACGAGCAAGUCCGGGAGAUUAGUAGUAGUAAGUAAGGCUAAGACUAAACUAAGGGCUAAAUAUUGCCUUAACUUAGACGUACUAGUCAUUAGGUAGUACAGUGUAGGCAACUACUAGUGCUAGUAUUUCCUAGUACUCUGUCUAAGAACUUAAAUAAGAGCUUUAAUUAGCCUAGGCCUUCAUACUUCUACUUAAUUAAGCGUCUUAAGUUUAAGUACAGUCUGAGACAGCAGUAUUAGUAUUAAGCCUAUAACUACAAAAGUACUACAAGUGUUGGGCUAACUACUAAUCUCAUGGGUUGUCAAGUUGGCAACACAAGAAAAUUUGAAAGGAGUCCUGCAAAAUUGACUCCAUGGCAAAAUCCAUUUAAGAAAAGAAACAUGUCUGGAUAGGCAUUCGGUAGCAGCGCGCCAUAUGUCCCUGCUCUGGACCACACCAUGGUGUGUCCAUCUUCUGACUGAUGUUUAAGUUGUUUAUCGGUGCAUUCCUAAUGGAAUACAAACAACACGCACCAUUAUUAAACCAUCCACAAACACUUUGUUUAGGAGACUUGGAUCUAGUCAUUUCCCAUUGCAAGCAUUUCUGCCACCCUCCACAAUCUCAGGAACACAUCUUUCAAAAAAAUUUCAGACAUCUCACCAAUUAUGACACACAUCGCAUUAAUAUAAUAUGGAUUGUGACUCGUCAUUCUUUAGGUCUGAGAUCAGUUUCAAAAACUAUUAAACCUUACCAAUAUUUUUUACCAUUAUAUUACUACUUGACAAAAAAAAAGAUUAUUAAGCACCAGUCAGAUAAACAGACCUGUUUACGCUUACGAUUGUGGCGCACAAUGUACGAUUUUGAGGUGUAUAGACUGUGUUUACUUUUUACUAUAAAUAUAACGUAUUGAUCGAUUUUGUGAUGAUAUUUAACUGAGGACAUAUUGAUAAUUCAACUUAUUUUUAUUUUCCAAUUUUUGAAGUAAUGGUUUUCUUUCUUGAUUUUUAUUUUCAGAAAAACCUAGCAUGCCAGAAAAUUUUCAAGAAGUGACAUGGGAAAAGUUACAAGGGGCAGUAGAUGCCAUUCAUAGUAGCUGCUCCAUACGCUACAGCCUUGAAGAACUGUAUCAAGCUGUUGAGAAUAUGUGCAGCUACAAGAUGGCAACAGGUCUUUAUUCUCAGCUUAUGACUAGAUGUCAGAAGCAUGUUCGUGCUAACCUGGGACAGUUUUUAGCAUAUCCUUUUUAAUAGUUGCAUUUGAAACCAUCUAAAAAUAGAGAUUUUUAUAUAAAAAGUGUAUAACAGAUGGGUUUAAAUUCAUUUCUACCUUUAAUUUAGCUAGUUGCAAAGGUCUAAUAUCUCAAUCUCAUUACCCUUUCAUCUCCACCUUAAAUUAACUAAAGUGUGAUGAGUUUUUAGUGUUUUUCUGUAAUUAUUGUUUUGAUAUGUGAAUUAUUGUCCUCUCUGAUAGUAUUAUUUUGUUUUUCCACUGAACUUAAUUUAAGUUUAAAUUGUUCAUUUCAACCUAUUAAAAUGACAUUUGCUCUCAAAUAGUGCUUAAAUAAAUUUUCAUCAGUAAACAAAUCAAUGCUGAAAUUUUCAUAUAAUGUUUUCCUUAAUGGACAUUACUGAAACUCUUGACUAUGAGCAAUUUUUGAAACUCAUAGACAACUGUUGGCAAAAUCACUGCAGGCAGAUGGUAAGAUAUAAGUAGUUAAGAUAUACUUUGGUUGCUAAAUAUUUUUACCAAUAUCUAACACCCUAUUUUAUUAUCUUAAAGAACUGUAUGUAUAUUGAGAAUUAUAAAGACUGUACUUUUUUUUUCUGUAUUACAGAUUAUGAUAAGAAGCAUUUUCUUGUUUUUGGAUAGGACAUAUGUUCUUCAGAAUUCAUCUAUUCUUUCCAUAUGGUAAGUUCUUAUUCUUGCUCAAAGGGCAUGUACAAGUUUUGUGGAAAAAAAAGAAUAUACAUGAAGUUUCCCUAAAUUCAAAGCAACAAUAGAGUAAAUUGCUAAUCAGUUGACUAAAACCAUGCUGCAGGGGUUAUUUGGUUUGUUUUCAUUAAAUUAAUAUCCACCUUAAAAUCUUAUGGAUCAAGUUUGUUCUUUUCUUCUUCUAACAGGGAUAUGGGUUUAGAUCUUUUCCGUCAACAUAUCAUAUCAGACAAGGUAGUAGAAGCAAGAACUGUUGAUGGUCUGCUGAAACUAAUAGAGAGAGAAAGAAAUGGAGAAGCUGUCAACCGACAGCUCCUAAAAAGUCUUCUAAGGAUGCUCUCUGAUUUGAAUGUAAGUACAAAAAUCAUUUUCUACUUUUCCUGUCUUUUUAUCAGAAGAAAAAGAAAUUUUAGAGAAACAAAUUAUCGUAUGAAUGAUGGGUCUUAUUUCAGAUUUACCAAAAAGCAUUUGAGAAGAAAUUUUUAGAGGCUACAGAGAUGCUGUAUGCAGCUGAAGGUCAACGGCUGGUCCAGGAAAGGGAGGCAAGUUGCACAUUUUUAAAAAAAAUCUUAUCUCUUGAAAUGUAUGCAAAGUAGAUCGUCAUUUAGAGUAGCAAGAACAUUUUUUAUUUUGGCAUCUUUGUACUUCAACUGAGGCGGUCAGAGUUUUUAAGUGCCUGCGAUAGAAAUAUCAAUCCUUUCAUAUUAGUUCUUGCAUAGUUUACAACAUUGAUUUCUGAAAAUCCUAAAAAUAGUAUUUCAGUUAUAUACAUUUAUCUGUUCAAAAUAUGUAACGCGCCAAGUAAAUAUCUUGUUUCAAUUUGACCCUCUUCUGAAGGUAUCGGAAUACCUUAUUCAUGUGGACAAACGACUUGCUGAAGAAAAUGAAAGGCUGUUACUUUAUCUUGAUCAGUCCACCAAGUAAGUGAUAAUUAAACAUUUGAUCUCAAGUUUUAUUUAGAUCUAUUACAUUCUGGAAAAGUUGGGUUUGUUUGAAUAGCACACUGUUAUACCACUUUUGAAUUAUUAUUGUUAUACUAUUAUCGGCAUGGUUUCUGUGUGGAAUGAGGUUAAUAUAUUAAAAUUUGGUAAGCCACACAUGGAUUAUUUUUUAAAAAACAAAAAAUUGAUGUUAUUUUAUAAUAUAGAGACCUAAACUCUGGAACAUAUUCUUUGUACUAAAAGCGUCCUUCACUUUCAGAAAGCCUUUGAUUUCUUGUGUGGAAAAGCAUCUUCUUGAAAAUCAUAUGAAGCAGAUAUUACAAAAAGGUUUGUUUAUAUGAUUUUCUUGUGGGGGAAAGCCCUAAUUACAGCAAUACAAAUUGCAGUUUUGCUGAAGAUGUUGCAAUGUGCUUGCAUAUUAUGUUAUUUUAUAACACACCAAGUUUUCUAACUCAAUCUGCUUGUUUUUUUGUUGAUGUUUUUAACCCUCUUGGGACAGAUGGGCCAAGUGAGCCCAGGGUGGAGUAGCCAAAAAGGCAGAUGUUGAUCUAUCGGCCUCAUAAUUCAAGCUUCAAGAUUGGCUGGCUAGCCUUCACCCCAGCGAAUCAGAUUGCUUCUUACAUAUCCCUGCACAUCCCAGCAUUGUAAUGGUGGCCUGUGUUGAUAGUUUACUAGCUUUUGUUGUAUUCAGGAAUUUUUUUGUGAGUGGCAAGUAAUAUUGUAAAAUUUCAGAAUGUCUGACAGUGAUGCUGAUCAAACUAUUCUUAGUGAUUUUGAUAUUCUAGCAGUUACUCUGACACUGAAACUGAUGAAAACAACCAGGAAAUUAAUGAAGACUAUCAAAAUGAGGGUAAUGCUAAUGUUGUGAACUCUUGGUUUAGUAUUAGGGGGUCCUCAACUGGACAGAGAUGACCACUCUGAAUUUUUAAACAAAAUAGGUCAUAUAAAUAAGGCAUAAGCACCCCAUUUGAGUACUUAAUGCUAUUGUACACUAAAUAUCACUCAAAUGUUUAUGAGAGAGACCAAUAGAUAAGCAGACAACUUUCUCAGUAACAUCCAGCUUAAGAGAAGGUCCCUAGGUCAUAAAUGGGGGCAUGUUACAGUGAGUGUCUGUAACAACUGAAAAAUAGCCGGGGGGGGGGGGGGGGGGGGGGAAAAGGGGAAGAACCAUUUGAGGGGGGGUUGGAGGGGCCUCCAGGGGCCUUUUUUCCCAAAAACAUAAGUGUUAGGACUUAUUCAGGCUUCAUCCAUCAAAAAGUUCACACAAUUGAUACAAGUAAGUCAUGUUUAUUCUAGGUUUAACCAAAAAUUAUUACAUGCAUAAAUUACGCAAAUCAGGGUAGCUCAUUUGCAUAAAUGUUGAUAUUUCAGUUUGAUUCAUAAAGAUUUUAUUAUUUCAUUCAAUUUUCUACUACAAUAUGUAUAGUUUUAUAUAUAAUAAGGAAAUAGUUUAUUUUUUACAAUUUUAGUGUUCAGCUCGCACAAAGUGCUCCGUCUUUUUGGCAUAUACACCCCGAAAAGGCUCCGUCCCAAAAGGGUUCAUAUUUUUUAUUGCACCAAAUUUUGUGCUCCAAAAUCUUAUCGAAAAUCAAAAGCCCACUGCUAUUUUAUGCUUUUCUCUAACAUUUGGUUUGUCUUUUAUUCUUCAGGUUUAGACCAGCUGAUAGAUGAAAACAGAAUUUCUGAUCUCAGUUUGCUUUUCAAACUAUUCAAUAGAGUGAAGGAUGGUCUUAAAUAUCUGCGGUUGGAAGUUGCAGCUUAUAUAAAGGUUAGACACAUAUUUCGUUUGGAUAAUAAUAUAUUGAGGGCCUUAUUAUUAUAUUUUUAUUCCAUGACAUUUUUUUAUUAUGAGAAGUGAACAAUUUUGAAAGGCCUGUUUAUCCUGGUAUUAACAUGCUAGAGAAACUGGUGGCCCAGAAACUUUCAAAAUUUGUUAUAAUUAUCCAUGGCAAUUUUAUGGUAAACAUUUUUUUUAAAAAUUGUUUAAUAAAUAAAUAAUUAAAUAUUGCUAUUGAAAAACUAUCUCUAUAAAAGGUGAAUUUUUAUCGUAUCAGAAAACAGGGCGUGUUAUUGUAGUAAAUCCAACUAAUGAUCCAGAGAAAGACAAAGAUAUGGUGCAGCAAUUACUGGGUAAGGUUAUGAUUUGGCAUCAAUUUAUUUGAUAUUCUUUUAUCUCCUUUUUUCAUAAAUUCCAUGAGCUAAAUGUCUAGAAAAAUGAUACAAUCAUAACAUAAAACAUGCAAAUCAAUACCACCAUGAUGAUUUGUUAUCACAGACCUGUAGCAGUCUCUUAAGGAGAGUGGACUAUCAGAAAUUUUGCUCUGUCUUUUUUGCACUUGCUAAAAAUCUCUCAAAUCAGACAUUCAGGACUCUUCUUAAGAUUAUAUUGCCUUUUUAAGAUUCUCUUAAGCCACUCCCUGGUUACUUUGGCUAACGGGUAUGUCUGAUCUUUUUUUUUAUACUUAGACUUCAAAGACAAAAUUGAUAAUGUGAUAUUGGAAUGCUUUGAGAGAAACGAUAAAUUCAUUAACUCCAUGAAAGAGAGUUUUGAAGCUUUCAUCAAUCAGAGACAGAACAAACCUGCUGAGCUCAUAGGUAAGUCUGUCUUAAGGCAGUUACAACCAUUAAUUUAUUUUACCAGUAGGAAACAAAUUAUUGUGUUAAUUUAUAUUUCCUUGUCUUAUUAUUAGAGGUAAACUCUUGAGCUAUAAAUAUCACAUUUUUCUUUGUUUGUAACAGCAAAGUAUGUGGAUUCUAAACUUAGGGCCGGAAACAAGGUAAUCAUUUUAUUUUAUUUUAUUUUUUUCUUCAAAAAGUGUUAUUAUGUAUCUGUCAAUAUCCUGGUUUAGACAAUAUUUUCUAGUCGUUUAUUUGCUUUUCUCAAUGGGCAUGUUAUCUCAUAUUAUAUAUAGUUAUUUAUAAGUCUACACCAUUGUUACAUUUACACCAGAAAAAAAAAUCUAUUGUCUCUAACACUUUUUCCUGAUUACUAGUUAACAACAGAUUUUGUGAGAAGAGUCAUUUGCCCCAGCCUUUGCAUUAACAGUUGACAUGUGUGUUAUCAACCAAGUUAAAGAGUGAAUCUACUAAAUAGAUUAUGAUUUGGAUGUGUUAAAGUAAGGUGUUUCUACUUUCUUUAAUAAUGUAGGAAGCCACAGAGGAAGAGCUGGAGAAACUGCUGGACAAGAUUCUUGUUAUUUUUAGGUUUAUACACGGUGAGUUUGUAUUUCAAAAUCAAAAUUAAGUUUGUUUUGCAGUUUAAACACCCCCCACUGUUUUUGCCUUCUUCUGCAGGAGUUGGUUCGGUAUUAACAUUAGUCUCACAAUGCCUCUGCUACUAAGGUUAAAAUAUUUCCUACCUAGUUACUCUUUUUUUUUUUUUUUUUUUUUUUUUUUAUUUUUUUUUCUUUUUUUUUUUUUUUUUUUUUUUUUUUUUUUUUUUUAAGACUGCACUAGAUCCAAAUAAGAUGUAUCCAAUAUAAAGGCCAAGAAUUAUUAAAUCCUUGAGUUUUCAAUCUGCUAAAUUAAUACAUGUUACUUUAAUAAACAGGUAAAGAUGUGUUUGAAGCAUUUUACAAGAAAGACUUGGCCAAGAGACUUCUGGUGGGGAAAAGUGCAUCUGUGGAUGCAGAAAAAUCCAUGCUUUCUAAACUUAAGCAAGGUAUACAUGAGAUUUUAUGAGCCUGUAGUCCAUAUUGAAAUCUAUGAAAUCUAGAUAAUAUGUUAUCGUAUUUGUAUUAAAAUGUAUCAAAAAGUUUGUCUUGUUUAUAAAAAAGGUAGUCCAAUUUUUGUAUUAUGUUGUAACAGAGUGUGGUGCAGCUUUCACUAGUAAGUUAGAAGGGAUGUUCAAGGAUAUGGAGCUGUCAAAGGAUAUCAGUCUUGCUUUCAGACAGGUAAUUUUUUAAAUUUGUUUGUUUAACCACUCUGUAAAGUUAAUGCAUUUUUAAAGAAGGAAAAUACAAUGUAAAGAACUUCAGAGACAUUGACACAUUAGCAAAAGGGGAAAAUGGAGAAAGAUCCUUGAUAUCCCAUGCAAUACUUAUUGGUAACCAUUCAAAUUAUAUUUAAAUGUGUAAUAGUUUAUUAAUCUGCUCACCAACAAAGCUUGCUGCGCAGAAGCACUAAGAAAUUAAAAAAGACUAGUAUGUAGUAUUUAUGUUUAAUUUUCACAGAGCCUUCAAUAUACCAAUGAUGUUAUUGACCUCACUGUGAAUAUUUUGACACAAGGAUUCUGGCCAGCGUAUCCACUUGUUGAAGUUCAUCUUCCUUCAGAGGUUAAGAUUUUACUUUAAAUCAUUAAGCUUAAAUUCUAGUUAUUGAACUUAAUUGUAUUAUUUUUUUUUAACUAGUACUGCUCUAUUGGAAAAAAAGACUGCUGUCUUCACUGCAGUUUUGUGGAUUAACGAUGAAUUAUAAAUAAUUGUUUGUUAUUAUUUAAAUAGAUCUUUUUAGAUCAUUGCCAUGUUAAAAGGUGUACCCCACCUUUUGAGAAGCACUGCUUUAAAUUAUUAAAAGUUAAAUGUGGUAAGAGAUUUAAAAACAAAAAACUAUCAAACAAUAAAUAAUAAAAUUUGGGUGAAAGAAAAAAAUAAUGUUAUAUAUUUUUUUAAAUUAUAAGACAGAUAACAGCUUUCUAAGCAUAGAUUAGUGUGACUUUACAAUGGAAACCAUGAGUUCUAAAAGAUUUGGCCAGUUAAAUCGCUCCUGCACUGACGAUCCUCUUCCAAUUGUCGCUGUGCACAGGCAAUGUUCCAACAGACUGGAGAACAGCAAGUGUCAAUUCCAUCUGCAAGAAAGGGGAGCAUUCUGACCCUGCCAACUGUCUGGUAUCCCUCGCCAGCAUGGUAUGCAAACUGUUGGAGCACAUAAUUGUAAGCGCAGUCUAGAAGCAUUUUGAAAGCCACAAUAUACUCAAUGACUGUCAACAUGGCUUCCGAGUCAAUAGAUCAUGUGUAACCCAGCUCCUUGAAUUUGUAGAAGACUUGAUGACCAAUCUGGAGAACAGCAAGCAAACUGACAUUCUGGUGAUGGACAAUGGACAUUUAAGGCAUUUGACAGUGUAAAUCAUAGUUUGCUUUUACACAAAAGAUGUAGGAUCCAUCCACGGCUGACAUCCCAAACAAGAUUGUUUGCAGAUGACACAGAGGUGUAUAGGAUGAUCGACGCCAACAGUUCUGACCAGCUACAACAGGAUCUCCAUCGGUUAGCUGAGUGGGAGAUGAUUUGGGAUAUGGAAUUUUAUCCUGCCAAGUGCCAGACACUGUCAGUCUCUAAAAGUAGUAACCCUCUACACUACCAUUACGAACUCCAUGGCCAUAUGCUUGAGCCAGUUUCCUCCCUAAGGUACCAUUUAAAGAGAGGUCUGCUGGGACAAUCACAUUAACAAUGUGUUCAGCCAGGAAAACAAAUUUUAGGGUUCUUAGGGCAAAAUCUAAAGAUCGGCAACUCCGGUGUGAAAGAAAAAGCUUAUAAAGCCUUUGUCCCGCCGCUUUUAGAUUACGCAUCUUCAGUCUGGAACCCAUUCACUCAGAGGAGCAUCUACAGAUUGGAGGCGGUCCAGCGAUGGCAGCAUACUUUGUCCUGAACCCCUAUAGGAACACCUCUAGUGUUGGCAGCAUGCUGGAAACACUGGGAUGGUCAUCACUGGAGGAACGAUGAUGGUUAUCCAGGCUCUCCAUGAUGUACAAGAUAAAUAAUGGGCUGGUCCACUGCUCCAGCAUCAUAGAGAAACUCGUCCCUCUCCCUCCUAGACAGCUACGAGGCCAAGGCAGGCAGUUCUGGCUCAUAACAGCAAGAACAUAGUACAGGAACUGCUCAUUCCUGCCAAAGACAAUCAGGAACUGGAGCAAGCUUCCAAAAGGAACAGUUGAGGCGACAACCCUUGACACAUUUGCAUCUAUUGCCUCAGGCCUUCCAACCCUCAGUUCCUUAUACCCUUGCUGUGUAGCCCUUUCAACAGUGAAAUAUCAUCCUCAAUAACAGUCAAAAAACAUUGCACAUCUCUUCUACAUUGAUAGGAGCCAGAAUGAUCAAUACAUUGAUCAUAGGCCCUUAAUAUAUAGAGGAAGAGACCGACUAUAGUAACUAAAAGUAAACUAAAGCAUUAAAAAUAAGGACCUGUCAUUUCUUGACUUUGGUGUGUAUCAAUUCAAAUAGAUAUUUUAUCAUUUCAGAUGUUGCGUUUCCAAGAAGUGUUCAAAAAGUUUUACUUGGGCAAACACAGUGGCAGGAAGCUUCAGUGGCAACCCACCCUAGGCCACUGCGUGCUUAAGGCUGAAUUCAAUAACUUUACAGUAUGUGCAUCUUGAGACUGAUGUCAUGAAGCUGCUAUAUCUUUACUGCUUAUGAUUAAUUUUCAUUUGUUUACUAUUUCUACUUCAAUUAAGCUGUGAAAAUUUAUGGAAUUAUUUUAAUUUAUCAUUUGCUACCAAAACAAUUAUGAUACACAAUUUCAGUGCGUUGCUAAAAUAAAUUGUUUAAAAUUUUAUUCUUUUUUUUUUAUUUGUAGACGAGAAAAGAAAUUCAAGUGUCUUUGCUGCAAACUUUAUGCCUUCUUCUGUUCAAUGAGGGGGAUGAAUACUCCUUUGUAGAUAUCAAGACAGCUACUGGCAUUGGUGUGUUGUUUUUUUUUACUUUAUGACAGGUCAACAAAAAAAUAAAAUAAUUGAACGUCAUUAUUGCCUUACAAAUAAUUUUGUUUGGGAUAUGUUUAAAAUUCCCUUAAUGUUAGACAAAUAGAAGAAAAAAAAUCUCCUGGGUGCAGUUGAUUUUUUUUAUUGUUUUCAAUUUAUAUGUAAAGAAUUGUAACUAAGUUAUUGAUAUAAAACUUGAAUUACUUUCUUUAACUUUUAUUCAAACAGUAAAAAUUUAGGCUAAACGCCUCUUGUAUAAAGAAGAGAUAUAUAAAAAUAGAAGUCUUUUAGCUUCAUAUGCGUAUAUAAUUACAAAAAUACUUUUUCACAUAUUUAACUUGGUUUAUUUUCAAACAUUUUUUUUAUCACAGAUGAAAUGGAGCUGAAAAGAACUCUUCAAUCAUUAGCUUGUGGCAAGGCACGUGUGAUUAAUAAAAUUCCAAAGGUAAAUCUGUAAACUUUUAGGGUUUUUUUUUUUUGUUAUGUCACUGUAGGCUUUUUAAUGUGAUUCUGAUUUGACGAAUUUAUCUUCAUCUAUAAAUGUAUAUAUUAUCUUGUGCAAUGAUUCUGGGUAGGUCACCAAGCUUUCUAUCACAACAGCCAGAUGAUGGGAACAUUUUACUAAGCACUGUGAGGCAAAAAAAUGGAAAAUGCUUAAAAUAUGAUUACUUCACUUCAAGAAUUUAAAAAUAUAUUAACUUUGGUUCUUCUCCCUAAAUAACAGGGAAAAGAUGUGAAUGAGACUGACUCUUUCCGAUUUGCCGAUGACUUUAAGCACAAGCUGUACAGAAUUAAAAUCAACCAGAUCCAAAUGAAAGAAACAGUAAGUGGAUUUGUUUUUGUGUUCAAAGAUUUUCAAAAAAAUCCAAUUUAGCUACUGUAAUAAUUAUUGCAAUAACCUGAAUGCCGCUGUUUUAAAAAGUCUAUAUGACGUUAUCUUAUCAAUGCUUUAUAUUUAUUUUAUUUUCUGUACUGCAGAGGCCUAUUAACCAUUUUCAAUAUAUUUAAAAGUUCAUCUUCAGAAUGAACAAAAAAAUGUUGAAACUGAUGUAUAACUAUACAAAGAAAAUGCUAGAAACACCUCAAUCUGUUUUAGAAAUGUAAACAUGGCUGCUAUGACUUGCAAUUGCAGAAGUUAGCCUGUACUUUAAAUGAAUAAUGAAGCAAAUAAUAACACAAUUAUAAAAAUAUCAGGGUUUAAAAGGGCUUUACACUUUGUAAACCAGUACUGGUAAGUCAAAAACAGUACAUUGCUUUUUCUUCUUUUUUUUAUUUUGCAAAUGGAUCUUUAAAUAUCUGGGGAAAAAAAAUUAUAUCAUAUCUCACAGAUUUCAUUACAAAAGAGUUCAUUUUUACAAAUUAUUCAUUAUUGUUUUGUUUUUUUAAUGUUCCGUGAGAGUACACUACAAUUAAAUAAAGUCAUCUGUUUAAAUCACUCAACCUCUUCUUUGUUUUACAGCAAGAAGAAAAUACGAGCACGACAGAACGUGUCUUCCAGGAUCGUCAGUAUCAAGUGGAUGCAGCUGUUGUGCGCAUUAUGAAGACCCGAAAAACUCUCAGUCACAACUUACUUAUUUCAGAGCUUUUUAACCAGCUGAAAUUCCCAGUAAAGGUAAGGACUUAAAAUUAUUGUUACCAGUAGUUAUACUUAUUUUAUUUCCCAGUUUCUAUCCAGAAAUGAAUUUACCAUAGAGCACUCUAACAGGUUUAUUUCUGUUAUUAUCAUUUUUUAACAAUUUUAUUAUGUCUUCAUACUUAUUAUAAUUUGUUUGUAUAAAUGUGGUGAAGCGUUCUUUUCUUGGAACUGCUACCCGGUACUAAUUUAUUAUUCCAUACUAUUAUGUGAUAUUAUAGCAAUGCAUUUUGUUUAAUGUGCUAUAAAAAAUUAUCUGUUCCUUCACAAGGAUUAUAAAUCAUUAGCCUUGAAACUUGCAUCGUAUUGUGAAUUGUGAUUUUUAGGCUGUGUGCCCCAUUCACAUCCAUCUUUUCCUUACGAUGUCUUCAGCAAUAGGCUCUGGGUAUGUUCAUUCCAAUAGGUCUUUAUUGGUGAUGGUGUUUGGCUACUUUAUGUUUAGGACGUUUCUAAGGCAAGUGUUUGUGAAGGUCUACUCUCAGGGUCUACUCCCUGUUUUCCUCCCAAGUUUCGGUUCCAUAGAGUAGGACUGAUUUGACGUUAGUGCUGAAACUUCUGACUCAACUUUGCAAAGACACCUGUGCUGAAGUGGUGAUUACAUUUCUUGUCUUUUCCCGUGCUUGUUGUUGGUUGUUCAUUUUCAAAGUCUAGGUCAUUCAGUUGUUCCCCAGGGUGUCACGGUGUUCCCUUUCCUCUUUUUGUCUGUGGAUUGUCAAUGGCCAGGAUGAACAUAUAGGAAGGGGGACAAGAGACAUCCUUGACUGACUCCUGUUUCCACUUUGAAGGCAUCUAUGAGUCUACCUUUGUGUACCACCCUGCAUGUCCUUUCUUUAUAAGAAUUUUGAAUGAUCCUAACAUGUUUAAUUGGUACCCCAUAUUGCAGAUGUUUCCAAGAGGUUUUUCUGUCCAGAACAUCAAAGAGCUUUUCAUAAUUAGUUGAUGAAAUUUAAGUACAGGUGGGAGUUCCAUUUGAUGGGCUGUUCUACAAUGAUGCAUAGUGUUGCAGUUUGGUCUGUGCACGAUCGGUUUUGGUGGAAGCCAGCGUCUUGAUAUUGUAGCUGUGUAUCGUGACGAUGUCUCCUUCUUUCCAAUCUCUUCAAAUAGAAGGUGCAGCAUGUUGACUCUUGUAUCUAUAUCUGCUCUCAUCAUCUCUGUUGUGAUGUUACCAGUCCAAAUGCCUUUCCAAUUUUAAGCUGCUUGAUAGCUGGGCUAUUUCUUCCUUAAAUGGGGUCACUGUCUUCUAUUUGUAAAUCUUUCUUUGCUAGUUAUAGCUGGUGUGUCUGUGGGUGAAGGUCUGUUCAGUAAUUCCUUAAAAGUCUUGCUUAAACUAGAUGGUGAUCAGAUGCAAUAUCAGCUUCUAUUUUAGCUUGUAUAUCCGGUAAGGAUCUUCAGAAUAUUUGGCAAAUGCAUGUGGUCAAUUUGGUUGUCUGUUCUUUUAUCAGGGGACACCCAAGUUACCUUGUAGAUUUAAUGCUGGAACAGGUGCCCCCGAUAAGGAGCUCUUUUGCAGCACAGAAGUCUGCAAGUCCUUCGCUGUUUUCAUUUCUCUUUCCUAAACCAUGGCACCCCAUACUUUCUUCACAAAUCCUCUCUAACAUUCCACGAGCCUAUGCUUAUUGCCUUUGAAAGGAGGAUCUUCACCUUUUAGGAUUCCAGUGUAACUUUAACUUGGCUUUGGUCACAGAGCUUGAUAUCUCUUCUUCUUUGUGAAGAGAGCCCUCUUUUAUCAGGGCUGAAAUUGUUUGAUUGUUUCCUCUUGUUGAUAUUUCUGUAGUAAAUGUUUGUUUUUUUUACAGGUGAGGUAGCUCCUCACCUCUUGCCAAACCUCCUGCUUUUUCACCCAUUGUGGGAUCGUCCAUAUCGAAGUUUGUAAACGUGUAAUGUCUUAGAUUUAUGUUUGAAUGAAAAGGUCUCCGUCAUCUUAUGCUUUUAAUAAAUGCUCUGCUCUUUAUUCUUCUCAAAAGUCUGCAGAUCUGAAGAAAAGAAUAGAGUCAUUGAUUGAGAGAGAAUACAUGGAGAGAGACAAGGACAACCCAAACACUUAUCAUUAUGUUGCGUAGGCUUGUAUAUAGGAUUUGUGGGUGCUUGUUUAUGAAUGUAAUAUCCAACAGAUGUUUUGCAUUAAAAUGUUAAAUUGCUGGAAUACAACCAUUGUUUUUCAUGCAACUUGUAAAUUGAACGGUUAAUCUGUGUAAUCGAAAACUGCAUCAACUUCAGGUCAUUUAGGAUGAGCCGGAAUGCUCUAAAUCAUUUAUAAGAAUAUGUCCAAGGCAUAAGUUUGUUGAUAUGCCAUAUUCAUCAUUGACCAUGGCAACCAAAUUGUUCAUUUAUUAUUUUUAUGAUUGAAAGGGUUAAAGUUAUUUUCAGUGGCACUAGUAACAUGCAUUAACUAUUUUAAAAAUUGUAACAAAAUUAACAUUCAGAUUUAAUAACCAUGACUGAAAUUAUUUUGUUGGCCUUUUUGGAAUUCGAAGCAUUUUAAGAUAAUUUAUUUUUGUGUCGUUAGUAUUCUUUGGAUAUUGAGUAAUUGAUUAUUUUCACCGUUUUCAGAUUAAUUGUAAGUUUGCUGACAAUGUCACAUUUCUUCAUUUCAAUCCAGCUGCGCCUUACCAUUGUUUGCUUAAUUAAUGUUAGGGUUGACAAACAAAAUGGGAUUGUGCUAUUAUUAUAGGAGAGCAAAGUUUUAUCAUUACUUUAAGCUAUGGGGAGUUUUAAUGCAUGACAUUCACAUGAAGAAUUCUAUUAAACUAAACAAAUAUUUUCUGUCAAGACUUUUUAAAAAUAGCACAUCAAAUUUGGAAAUUAUCUGUAAAAAAUUAUUGUAUUGUAAUUUCUUUAUUAACUUUUGAGGGGGAAAAAACAACUUAAUUUUAAAAUAAUUUGUGUGUUUUCAAUGUCACAUUUAUAAAAAAAUUAAGUAUAUCAGGUGACCUGUAGAAAGGGCAUCAAAGAAAUGAACCUAGAUAAGUGAACGAAAACGGGUACAAAAAAAAAAAAUUUUUUUAAUUCUCUGAAGUUGCUAAUCUACAGUGUAAAAAAAAUUUUUUUAAUGAGCUCCAUUUUAAUGGGCCACCAGCUAAAUGCCACUUGCAAAUUGUGUUUUGGUAACUCCUGUAAAUACCAUUAUAGAAUUUGAGUGUCUUAGUAAAAGCAUCAUAUGCAGCGAAUCCGUAGGUCUGGAACUACGGGGUUAUUGAUAUAAAGCAAAAUAUAAGAUUUUUUGCAGUUUACAUCUAAGUAGAGACUUAAAAAUAAUUUUCCUUUCUUAAUCAGAUCAUAUUGAGUGAGAUUAUGAGAAAUCAAAAUGAUUUGAAAAAGAAAUGUACCCUUACGGCCAGGAAUAAAUUAUGUUUUUGUUUUCAGUGAUGUAGAGAAAAAAAGAAAGCUUGUUAACAGAUUUAAUUAGGAUUUUGAUUUUUAGUAUCGAUAAAUUUAUAAAUUGUUAAGAGCAUUUCUAAUCACUAUUUUUGGCAUUGUGUUUCUACAGAUUUCAGUUGCUAUUUUUGGAUAUUGAAAGGGUAUAUCCCUUAUUGCUUAAUAAGAUUUUUACAGAAAUUCAAACUUUAUGACAAUAUACUGACAACAAAUUUCAACUAUAGCAUUUUCGUGGAAAAAACUACAUUGAUUUUUUGCUGUAAAAUUAUUUUGGAUAUGAACAAAUUUGCGCACUAAUUUUGCAAGUUUCAUGAAUAAGACCAUUUUAAGUUUUAAAUAAAUUAAAAUAUGGAUACGUAAAAUGGGCGUGCUCUUGUCAUUUGCAGUUGAAUUACCGGUACUUCAGAAUCAAACAUUUGGUUUAAGAGAUUAGGGUAGUUAAAAACAUAUCCUUUGUGGUCAAUGACAAGUAGUUUGAUGGCUUAUAUUAUAAGUUAUAAUGGGGAUUAAAAUAAAACUGGGGCAAUCCUGCCAAGGUAUCUGAUCUCUCAAAGUUCAUAAGUCAUUAAACAUUUUUUUAUUUAACUUUCCUUGUUGAUAUGCUUUAUUCGACACGCUUUUUUUCAAGUCUAAAUACACAUUUCCUGUCCAUUACUUUGGAUGGUACAUGAGAUAAUUUAAAUGGUUUGAUGAAUGAACACAAAGCACUGUUAAAUGAGUUCAGUCUAGCUUGGCAGAAGGCGGGCUGGGGAAUCAGAACUCUAGCCAGGACUUAAGCCAUUGACAAAUUGUAUAAUGACGGAAUUUAAAUACUAAAACUAAAACAUGUUAAUACCGGUAGUAUUAAUCACCAUUUUUUCAGUACAUGUUAACUAUUUAAGUUUGAUUAGAAACUUCCCCCACCAAGAAUGCGAUUGACUUCUGACUCUACAGCCCUGUUCCGAACUUAUCUGCAGCUUAUAAUGAAUGCAAUUACUUGAUUACUUUUUAUAAAAUUAUAGGAAUGAUUAUGAUUCCUUCCUUUUGAAAAACCCAUCUUAAUAAAUUUGUGUUAGGCUGGUCUUUUCUGUCUCUUGUACAUUGGUAUGUAAAUAUGUUGCAUAACAUUUUUAAGACUACAAAUAAAUGGUUUGUCCAAUGGCCC